UGAGUAACUCUAUUUUCAAUCGACGAGAGGGAUCUAAACAAGCGGCCGUUUCAAGAAUGGAAUAUAAUUCUGAUGAGGAGUUAUGGCGUGAGCUCUCUGGUGAACCAAAGUUGUCAGAGCUGAAAAUGUUACAAAAAGAGCAUGAUGAAAAACUUUCCAGAAUUGCAGAGCUGAAGAGACAAAUUGAAUCCACAAAGCAGCGUUUGGAAAAGAAAGAGGGCACAAGGGACAAAAUGGGAAGUUUCAAUGCCUUAAGCGAGAAAUAUAACAGUGUUAGAGAGGAAUACAAUGCAAUUCUGGCUGAAAAGUCAAGGGGAUCAAAAUCUGGUCCAGGAACUAAUUCAGCAAUGCGACCUCAAAAUCCUUAGUAUAUUUCAAUGGAGUUGGAACAAUGUUGCUGAAUACAACAACUAUGUGAAGAGCUUUAUUUUAUUUUAUUUUUGUUAAUUGCAUUUUGGAUGAUUUGUCAUGGUGAUGAAAUAUGUUUACAAACUUAUUGAAGCAUUAUUUCUAUGAUUGCGUUUAUGA